CAGCUCUCCCAGUGAAGUGACGUCACUGCCUCUGUGGACAGGACACCCCUGGGAGCCCAGCUCACAGCCACUGGUAUCUUCUUCCAGGACCAGCCGGGGCCUCCAUGGAUGCAUGAGGGCCGGGUGCCAGGGCCGCAGGCACGAGCAUGGUGAGACAUCAGCCCCUACAGUACUAUGAGCCACAGCUGUGCCUCUCCUGCCUCACGGGCAUCUAUGGCUGCCGCUGGAAGCGCUACCAACGCUCCCACGAUGACACCACACUGUGGGAACGCCUCUGGUUCCUGCUCCUCACCUUCACCUUUGGUCUCACACUCACCUGGCUCUACUUCUGGUGGGAAGUUCACAAUGACUACGAUGAAUUCAACUGGUACCUCUACAACCGCAUGGGUUACUGGAGCGAUUGGUCCGUGCCCAUCCUCGUGACCACAGCUGCUGCCUUCACUUAUAUUGCAGGCCUCCUGAUCCUGGCACUAUGUCACAUCACCGUGGGGCAGCAGAUGAACCUGUACUGGCUACACAAGGUGGGGCUGGUGGUCAUCCUGAUCUUCACAGUGGUGGCGAUGUCGGCUGUGGCCCAGCUGUGGGAGGACGAGUGGGAGGUACUGCUGAUCUCCCUGCAGGGCACAGCACCGUUCCUGCACAUGGGGACCCUGGCUGCCAUCACUGUCCUCUCAUGGAUCGUGGCUGGACAGUUUGCCCGUGCAGAGCGGUCCUCCUCCCAGAUGGCCAUUCUCUGCACCUUCUUCACCGUGGUGUUUGCCCUCUACCUGGCCCCACUCUCCAUCUCCUCUCCCUGCAUCAUGGAGAAAAAGGACCUGGGCCCCAAGCCUGCCCUCAUCGGCCACCGCGGGGCCCCCAUGCUGGCCCCAGAGCACACACUGAUGUCCUUCCGGAAGGCCAUAGAGCAGAAAUUGUAUGGGCUCCAGGCUGAUGUCACCAUCAGCCUGGAUGGCGUGCCCUUCCUGCUGCACGACGCCACCCUACGGCGCACCACCAACGUGGAAGAGGAGUUCCCUGGGCUCGCCCGCAGGCCCGCCUCCAUGCUCAACUGGACCAUCCUGCAGAGGCUCAACGCUGGCCAGUGGUUCCUGAAGACCGACCCCUUCUGGACAGCUGGCUCCCUGUCCCCUGCUGACCAUAGGGAGGCCCAGAACCAGUCCAUCUGCAGCCUGGCAGAGCUCCUGGAGCUGGCCAAGGGCAACGCGUCGCUGCUGCUCAACCUGCGUGACCCGCCACGGGAGCACCCCUACCGCGCCAGUUUCCUCAACAUCACGCUGGAGGCCGUGCUGCGCUCCGGCUUCCCCCAGCACCAGGUUUUGUGGCUGCCUAACAGGCAGAGGCCCCUGGUGCGGAAGGUGGCUCCCGGCUUCCAGCAGACAUCAGGCUCCAAGGAGGCAGUGGCCAGCCUGCGGCGGGGCCAUAUCCAGCGGCUGAACCUGCGAUACACUCAGGUGUCCCACCAGGAGCUCAGGGACUACGCAUCCUGGAACCUGAGUGUGAAUCUCUACACCGUCAAUGCUCCGUGGCUCUUCUCCCUGCUGUGGUGCGCGGGGGUCCCGUCUGUCACCUCCGACAAUGUCCAUACCCUGUCCCAGGUGCUUUCCCCACUAUGGAUCAUGCCCCCGGACGAGUACUGUCUCAUGUGGGUAACCGCUGACCUGAUCUCCUUCACCCUCAUCGUCGGCAUCUUCGUGUUUCAGAAGUGGCGCCUGGGUGGCAUACGGAGUUACAACCCUGAGCAGAUCAUGCUGAGCGCCGCGGUGCACCGGACCAGCCGGGACGUCAGCAUCAUGAAGGAGAAGCUCAUCUUCUCAGAGAUCAGCAAUGGCAUGGAGGUCUCCGAUGAGCUCUCCGUAUGUUCAGACAACAGUUAUGACACUUAUGCCAACAGCGCCAGCACCCCUGUGGCCCCCCGAGGGGGCAGAAGCCACACAAAGACCCUCACAGACAGGAGUGGGCAUUAGCUGAAGACCUGCCUGUCCCAGUCUGUACAUAAAGCAGAAACCGGAGGAGCCCGGGAAGGCCAGCAGAAGUGUGGUCUGGACUUGGAGUGCCCUGGGGGCUGGCUCCACAGCCUCCUCGUCAGCUCCAACCCCUGGUCAGCCAUAGAAUCUCUUGGAGGAGGCUCCCCUCAUCUCUGAGGCCCAGCUGGGCCAGGACUCCAGCCUCUCAGAUGCCCCUGCAGGCCAGGGGCUCCUGGAAGAGUGGGGCCCGGGGCCUGGUCCUCCUCCUGAGGCUGUCCCUGGCAUCCUGACCUAGAAGCCUUGAUGGGUCACUGGGCCAUGCCACGCCCCCUCUGGCAACAGAGGAUGUGGAUGCCCAGGUGUGCCCACAUGUGUCCGUGCUCCUGUCUGUACCAUAAGGGUACCGACUUCUCCGUUUUUAUCCUGCCUCGAGGGCUGGGGCUGGGCCUCUGCCUCCAGCCCCUCUGCUCUUCACAUCACUCUCAAAGCACAAGGAGGUCCAGCCCAGGAGGAAAACCUGCUGCAGUGGUAGAGACACACCCCCUUCUCAGACCAGCCUCCCGCAGCACUGCUCCAGGAGAGGGCCUGAGCCAUGUCCCCCAGGAGCAGCUGGAGACAGCCAGAAGAACAGGCUCCUGGCUGCUGGAUCCCAUGCCCAGUGUCCAACAGGCCCCCAUAGGCACAGCGGCCCUGAAGCCCAGGGGACCCACAGACUGACAUGAUAUCAGAAUGUUCCAUGACCACAGGGCAAGGCCACCUGGGAAAAGUGCUCUGGGCAUGUCAAGGGCGGUGUGUGCCCAAGGAGGCCUGCAGUGGUGGGGCCUGAGAGGCUGUGGCCAGGAGGAUUAAAGCUGCCACCCUGA